AUGGCCCUGGCCGAGGGCGGCUGGUGUUUGCUGAAGCGCUGCGGGCCCGACGCGCCCCCCGGGCGGGAGUCGGCUUCGUCGCCGCCGCCGGGCUGCUCCCCGCCGCGGGCGGCCGAGGGCAGGGCCCUGCGCGGCCCCUUCGUCUCGCUGGCGGCCGCCCCGUCCAGCCUGCCCAGCUGGGAGGACCUGCUGCUCUUCGCCGACCUGGACCAGGCCAACAAGCUGCUGUGGUCCAGCCGCGCCUCGGCCAAGCUCAGCCCGGAGCCCGGCCCGCCGCCGCCGGCCGUCGAGGACAUGUACCACCCGCACCAGAGCCUGCCGGGCGGCGCCUACGAGGGCCCCUCGCCCGCCGCCUUCGCGCCCCCCGCCGCCGGCUCGCCCGUCUACGUGCCCACCACCCGCGUGGGCUCCAUGCUGCCCUACCUGCAGAGCCCCGCCGGCGCCGGCCAAGGCGGCCCCCCGCCGGCCUGGCCGCCGCCCCCCGCCCCCGACAGCCCCUCGGCGGCCUACGGCGGCGCCUGCCCCUCCGGCCGCUUCGCCUACCCGGCCGGCAGCCCCCCGGCCCACGGCGGGGGCGCCGCCGCCUCCCGCGACCCGGCCGCCUACGGCCCCCGCGAGCAGUUCCGCGCCCUCAACGGAUCCUACUACGGGCCCUACGUGGGCGCCCAGCUCGGGCCCCCCAGCUGGCCCGCCGGCCCCUUCGACAACUCGGUGCUCCACUGCCUGCCCAGCCGGCCGCCCCUCGCCGUCCGCCCCUCCAGCGCAGACCUCCUGGACGAUCUGUCCGAGAGCCGGGAAUGUGUCAAUUGUGGCUCCAUCCAGACCCCCUUGUGGAGAAGGGACGGCACCGGCAACUAUCUGUGCAACGCCUGUGGACUGUAUACCAAGAUGAACGGCCUCAGUAGGCCCCUCAUCAAGCCCCAGAAGAGAGUGCCUUCUUCAAGACGACUGGGUUUGUCUUGUGCCAACUGUCACACUACAACCACCACUCUCUGGCGCAGGAAUGCAGAAGGAGAGCCUGUUUGCAAUGCCUGUGGCCUCUACAUGAAACUUCAUGGGGUGCCCCGACCCCUUGCUAUGAAAAAAGAGGGAAUUCAAACCAGGAAACGGAAACCAAAGAACAUAACUAAGACAAAGUCAUGCUCUGGUAAUAAUAGCAAUAAUGCAGUUCCUAUGACUCCAACUUCCACGUCUUCUACGAACUCAGAUGACUGUAGCAAAAAUGCUUCCCCUAGUACACAAACCGCAGCCUCAGGGGCAGUCUCUUCAGUGAUGCCUGGCCGAGGAGAGAGCGCCAGUCCUGAGACUAGCACACUCAAAUACUCGGGUCAAGAAGGGCUAUAUUCAGGAGUCAGCCUGACCUCCACUGCAGAAGUUACAGCUUCCGUGAGACAGGAUUCCUGGUGUGCCUUGGCACUAGCGUGAAUUGGGUGACGGAGAUGGAUACUUACACUGGGCUGCAACCUAUAGUUGGCUACCCUUUGCGUUGUGUAUUUUUCUUGUACCAAGCAGACCAAGAAGCAAUGAAAGUGCUGGCAGGGGCAUUCCUUGCCAGUUGUCUCAGUGCCUUGAUUCUAGAGGUGUUUACUCC